AUGAUCGGGAUGGGUCAGAAAGACAGCUACGUCGGUGACGAGGCCCAGUCCAAGAGAGGUAUCCUAACUCUCAAGUAUCCCAUUGAACACGGCAUCGUCACUAACUGGGACGACAUGGAGAAGAUCUGGCACCACACUUUCUACAAUGAGCUGAGAGUUGCACCUGAAGAGCACCCAGUCUUGCUGACAGAAGCUCCGCUGAACCCCAAAGCCAACAGGGAAAAGAUGACCCAGAUUAUGUUUGAGACCUUCAACACACCAGCCAUGUAUGUGCACAUUCAAGCCGUACUAUCCUUGUACGCUUCAGGUCGUACAACUGGCAUUGUACUUGAUUCCGGUGACGGGGUCACCCAUACAGUUCCAAUUUUCGAAGGCUACGCCCUCCCUCAUGCCAUCAUGAGACUGGAUCUGGCCGGACGGGAUCUUACAGAUUACCUGAUGAAGAUCUUUACAGAAAGAGGAUACUCGUUCACAACCACUGCGGAGAGAGAGAUCGUGCGUGAUAUCAAAGAGAAACUUUGCUACGUUGCCUUAGACUAUGACCAAGAAAUGCAGACAGCCGCUAACUCGUCAACUCUAGAGAAAGGAUACGAGCUACCAGACGGAAACGUCAUCACCAUUGGCAACGAAAGGUUCAGAUGUCCUGAAGCAAUCUUUCAGCCAUCUUUCUUAGGUAUGGAAAUUUCAGGCAUCCAUGAAACGACAUAUAACUCUAUCAUGAAAUGUGAUAUGGAUAUCCGCAAGGAUCUGUACGCCAACACUGUCUUGUCUGGAGGGUCAACCAUGUUCCCGGGCAUCGCUGAUCGAAUGCAGAAGGAGAUAACGGCACUUGCUCCAUCUACAAUGAAAAUCAAGAUAAUUGCUCCCCCUGAAAGGAAAUACUCUGUAUGGAUUGGAGGAUCAAUCCUUGCUUCUCUGUCUACUUUCCAACAAAUGUGGAUCUCUAAGCAAGAAUACGACGAGUCUGGUCCAUCCAUAGUUCACAGAAAAUGUUUCUAA